AUGGUUAUGAUUGAUAGUGGCCUUAUAUUCUUCUAUGAUUGUAAGGCAUGUGGUAGUGAUUCAGCGUAUAUUGUUUGAGAGUCAGAUUUUCAAGGAUAUAUGAUACAAUAUGACGCUGAAACAGGCUCAUUUGGUAAUAACACAGUAAUCCCAAUUAAUAAAAAGACUGAUUCGUCUAUCAGUAGUCAAUUUAGAGAACUCUGUGCCUCUCUAAGGCAAUUUAAAGACGCAGUAGUCUUUGAGGAACUUCCACAAGCAAGAUUUUAUAAUGCUUGGAUUAAAGGUCAAAAUAAUGCAUUAAACACCAUUUUUGCGUGCUGUUAUUAUGAUUGUCCUGAAAAGAAAUCUACCUGGCUUAUAUACAUGAAAAGCUAUUAUGCAAGAGGUCUUGAUUAUACUGUGAAAAGCAAGUGGGAAAUAAUUCCUACUUAUCAAGGAGAACACUUAUACAAGCAAGAGUACUACAGUUCUUAUGAUUCUGCUAACAAAAUCGGGUCAUGUAUUGACAGCCGUGGACAUUUGAUACCACUAACUUUUCAAAAUUAUGUAUGCUAUAUGGUAGCGCACGAUUUUUUAAAUCAUUAUGCUGUAGAAGGUUUAGCGGAACCGAGAAGUAAAGAUAAAACUGCAAUUGUAAAUAUGGGAAGGUUCAGCGGAGCGAAAUUAAGUAUCAUGAAUAAGCUGUCAUGUACCAAUACCUUUCAACUGCAAGCAAGUUUUCUUCCAAUAAAAUUACAAAGCAGUAGUGAAUGUUUCAUUUAUGUAAUGAUGAAUUAUUCAUAUGGUUAUGAAUGCUGCUGUUAUGGCUACGAUGCUGCUGCUUGCCAAGACAAACUUGUGCAAGCAAUUGACAUAGGCAAAGAUAGUGAUAAGGAUUCUACAUCAAAAAUAGUAUGUGCUUAUAGAAACUCUUCGGAAAUAUCUGGAAAUGGCUUACAAUAUCACACAACUGUUGAUGAUUUUCUAAAGAACAGCAAGCAGUCGACGAUGUGUCAACUGUAUGUAUUCAGAAUAAGCUCUACUCCAUUAUUCUCUCGUAGUGAAUUUGAAGUAUCAGAUUUAGCAGAUCGAACUUUUUUCCGAAUUAAAUCUGAGCAUUCAACUCUUCAUUUAAACGUCAGCGCUCUACUUCCUAGUAAUAACGCUGAGUUUAUGAAGUCGAAAAGAAUAACUUGGAAAAGUUAUAAUCACGACGCAAGAAUUUAUUUUGCAUAUAAAUUUACGUGUUCACACAUGCAUGUUUGGGAUGCUCGCGAAAGCUCCAUUCUCUCAUUUCGCUGUGCAGAACUCCUACGUGGAGCACUGUCUCCGAUUGAUUUCACUUAUGCAUUAUUAAAGACAGAGAACUGUCGAUUUGCGGAUGUCUUUCUAAACGUACCAUAUAUGGCAACACGAGAAUGCAAAUAUUUUCCAACACAACGACAUAUUUUUAACAGCGUUAAAGCACGAUUUCCCAUCAGAUUGAUUGCUUGUAGAUGCUCUACCAAUUCAACAGCAGAGGCUUGUGAUACUGCUAAUGAACCAAUUGAAAUGGAAUGGGUAAAUGGGCAUGCUUGUGGUAAUUACGAGAAAGAUAAACUGAAUUUUAUCGAAGAAAACGUUACCAAUAACUGGGUGACUCCGUUUUGCUAUACACAAAUAUGGGUAUAUAAUAGAGGUGCAGGAAUUAUGUACAAGACCAAAGGUUCCUCAUUACAGCAUUUGUAUGAGUUGCAAAACAAAUUUAUGUCUGACACAUUAUUGUAUAUUACGCAUGCUCUAAGUGGUGAUGUCUGGUCCAAUUGCUAUUUGAGUGAAGGUGGGGCCAUUUGCCUGUGUCAUGAAUUGGAUAUUGAACUGUCAGAAGACGUUUGCAAUGGAAUGUCCAAGAGAUAUCAUGCCCUCUCCUUUGCUUACUAUGACAUAUUAGCUUCUUCCGUCUGGCGUUAUGAAAGAAAUCCUUUUGCUUCACUGACUGAUCAAAAAAAGUCACCCAAAACUUGCAUGUUACCGUUGGUAUUUGCUAGUAUUGAAGUGAAAGGAAAUGAAGCUGUUAUGUGGAGUGAUUGUGCAUACCAAACUAAAAGUAUACAAGAUGAUAACACAAUCGAAUUGAUGUACUGCACAGAGUACCUUGUGAUGGAUGAAUGUAUGGUACGCGUGUAUCAUGCAGAAACAACCGAGCAAUAUUUAGUUUGCUGCUGCUCAAACUGUGAUCUCACAAGUGCUUUCAUUGCUCGAUUACAUCACAGAAUGUUGGAACAGAUCGAACGUGAUAGUCGCUUGAAGGAUUGA